AUGGAGCGGGCGGCGGGCGAGGGCCGGCCCCUGCUGCCGGCGGCGGGGCGCUCCGCCGGGCUCUCCUCCGCCGGCGCCGUCUUCAUCCUGCUCAAGUCUGCGCUGGGCGCGGGGCUGCUGAGCUUCCCCUGGGCCUUCGGCAGGGCCGGCGGGGCCGUUCCCGCCCUCCUGGUGGAGCUGGGCUCGCUGGUGUUCCUGGUGAGCGGGCUGGCCGUGCUGGGCUAUGCCGCGGCCCUCAGCGCCCAGCCCACCUACCAGGGCGUGGUGCGGGCCGUGUGCGGGGCGGCCGUGGGGAAGCUCUGCGAGGUCUGCUUCCUCCUCAACCUCUUCAUGAUCUCCGUGGCCCUCCUCAGGGUGGUGGGCGACCAGCUGGAGAAACUGUGUGACUCCCUGUACCCCAACGGGACACUGAGUGGGGCCCCUCAGCUGCCCCCCUGGUACGUGGACCAGCGCUUCACCCUCUCAGCUCUCUGUGUCCUCGUCAUCUUCCCACUCUCUGUCCCCAGGGAGAUUGGCUUCCAGAAGUACUCCAGCAUCCUGGGCACGCUGGCUGCCUGCUACCUCACUCUGGUUGUCAUCCUGAAAUACUACCUGCAGGCAGAGAGCCUGCGUUUGACUGAGCCACCCCAGCCCUCCAGGUCCUCGUCCUGGACGUCCAUCUUCAGUGUCAUUCCCACCAUCUGCUUUGGCUUCCAGUGCCACGAGGCAUGUGUGGCCAUCUACAGCAGCAUGCGCAACCAGAGCUUCUCCCACUGGGUCACCGUCUCUGUGCUCUCCAUGCUCAUUUGCCUGCUCAUCUACUCCCUCACUGCAGGGCUCUAUGGCUACCUGACCUUCGGCGAGGCCGUGGCGUCCGAUGUCCUGAUGUCCUACCCAGGGAAUGACCCGCUUGUCAUCGUCGCUCGCCUGCUCUUUGGUGUCUCCAUUGUCACCAUCUACCCCAUUGUGGUGCUGCUGGGCAGGUCCGUGGUGAAGGACCUGUGGGCAGCCCCGAAGCGCGGGGCCGUGGCGGUGUCUGAGGCACGCGAGCGGCGGGGCCGGGUGGCACUGACGGUCACCUGGAUGGCUGCCACGCUGGGCAUCGCCCUCUUUGUCCCUGACAUCGGCAAAGUCAUCGAGCUCAUUGGGGGCAUCAGCGCCUUCUUCAUCUUCAUCUUCCCAGGGCUGUGCCUCGUGUGCCUGACUGGGACCCGCAGCCUCGGGCCACGCAAAAAGGCUGCUCUCAUCGCCUGGGGCGUUCUCUCCGUGCUCGGCGGUGCCUUUGUCUGCGGGCAGAGCGCUGCCCUGGCCGUGCUGGGGCUGCUGCGCUGAGGGACCUCAGAGCCC